UGUAAAACUUGUAAACAACGAAAAAGUACAUUUUGAAUAUGAAACCGGAAACAGAUGUCGUUGUGCACACCAAUCAUGAUCGAGGAAUAGACAAGCUCGUCUGUUAUUGGUGCACAGAUCGUUGCACUUUUCCACCGACCAAUCAGAAACGUGAACAGACAGAAACUCCCCGUUGAUUGGCGAAGAGUGAUGCAUGAAUAUUGUGAUGCAUCCCUAACAACAGUUACGCUACCAACAGGCCGAGAUUGAUCACAUGUGCGAAAAUAAUAAUUAUUCAAUCGAUUCUUAAAUAUUAUAAACGGCUGAUUUUUUCAUUUUGUAAAUAAUUGAAAACAUUAUAUUUUUCGGGUAAUACGGCAUCGUGUGUUGUAUUGGCGUGUGAUUUAUAAAUUGAAAUGAAAGUAACAAGCUAACCUCUGUGAUGUUCUGAUUUUUGUUGUAUAUUAGGUUAAUAUUUUUUUAGUGAAAUAAUACACGGAAAAAUGUAAGGUGCACAUGCUAUACCUUUCAAAAAAUUUAUCCAACAAUUAACUUCACUUCAUAUAAAAACAAUAGGAAAUAAUAAGUGUGAAGUGAAUUGAAUAGUAAAAUUUUUAGACAAGGAUAACCGAUUCACCAAAAGGUACAGAUACUGUCCCAAACAUUUUUCCGUGUAUGUAUAUAUAGUUAUAACACAAAUAUAGAAGAAAAUAAGAAAAAUAUUACUAAAGAAAAAAAAAGGUGAUUCGAUUGUUUAUAGUGUUGAAAAAAAUGUUGAUUGGAUUAUCACGCGGCUUAUUGGAUAUAGAUUUACAAAUUUCAAAGGGAGGUCCUAAAAAGCAUCCCUUAAUGUAGUUCGAUGAGGCUCAGGUUAGGGACAACUGUGCAUUGAACAGAGUGUGAUGAGUAACAGUGGUUUUCGAGGAAGAGGCUUCGGACCGCGAAGUAAUCGUCCACAAAAACCACACGGUGGUUUUAAUGCUCCCCAUCCAAAUUUUAAUCAAAAUCGUCGACCAAAUCCAAAUCAUCAAAAUUUCAAUUCAAAUUUAAAUUUUGGACCACAACGACGACAGGGUCGAUCACCAGGUGCUGGUGGUGGACAGGAUGGUUGGCGUGAUAAUUCCGAAAAUCGAUUCAAUCGACAUUCUGGUAAUGGACCACAAUAUCCGGGACAUAAUCCAGGACACCAAAGACAUUAUUAUAAUAAUGGACCGGGAAAUUUUCAUGGAUUUCGACCAUCGAGAUUUCCAUGUCCAAGAGGUGGUCGGGGACCGAUUAGAGAUUCCGAUCGAAUUAAUCGCGAUCCAAGACAACAGCAACAAUUACAGCAACAACAUAUGCAUCAGCAGCAGCAGCAACAACAACAACAAAGGUAUAUUCGCGACGGUGAGAAGAGAAAUUUCUUCGAUGAUUAUCAAGAACCGCAUUUGGGUUCAGAGGAGGAACGACAGCAGAAAAUAUCCAAGACGGUGGAUAAAUUGAAACAAACAUUAUCGUCAUUCACCGAGGAGGAUAGUAUUAAUUUUUGGGAGGAUAAUUUUUCACCGCAAUCUGUUGUUUCUGAUGAUCCAUCAACAUCACAGAAAGGUAUUCCCGAACUCAGGCACGGUCCACCUGAACUCGAUUUAACGUUUAAUGACUUUAAAGUCAUUGGUCGUGUUGAUUUGGAUACAACAUUAAGGACUGAAACAAAUGUCACGGGAAACGAACAGGAUAAUACUGUAUUCAAUGGGACGAGUGAGAAAGCAAAACUUUCGAGACAAAGUUCAAAGGAUGCGGAUCCAUUUGGUGAGGAUUGUUUAUAUCUGGACGAUCCGCAGGAGGAGUCAUUUAUUUCUCAUCUCGACACGAGGAUUGCAAAUUGUGACGUGAAUUUCUCUCAACCAACAACAUCGAAUGUUAAUGAAUUUAAUUCCCAAGAACAAUGCGAUCAAUCGGUGGAAUUUCUCGCAAGUGAAAAAAUAAUUUCCGAAUUUCAAAUUGAAGAAAGAAAUGACUUGCUGUGCGAGACUAAUGAAAAUUUACAAUUUGACAUUGAUCCUCAAUUCAAUGAGAAUGUCACCGAAGUACAAACAGAAUUAACAAAUUUUAAUAAUGGCUCAUUAUUCGAUCAGACAAUUGAGGGGAAUUUUGAAGAAACAACUGACAAUGCAGUUAUUGAAACGAAUUUUCCCUUUGAAAAAUCGAAUAAUCAAAUUCAAGAAGAGUUGGAUAAUGAAUUUACAAAUGAUUUUGUUGGUAAUUCACAGCAAACAAAACCGGACGUUGAACUCUUCACUGCCUUUAAAUCAACUGAGCCGCCAAAAGAAAUUCUCCAAGAAGAAUCACAAAGUUCGAAUUUACCAUUUGAACAACAGGAUGUUAAUACAAGAUUAUCAGCUGAUAUUGAACAAUCGGCCGAUAUUCUUCAAAAUCAAAGUGAAUUGCAAGAUUUACAAUCAGCUUUCGAUCAAAGUCAGGGACAGGUACAAAUUUUUGAUUCUACCGAAGCAUUACCCGAAUUAUCGCAACAAGAAUCGAAUUUAUUCUUCGAGCAAUUGGAUCAAAUGGAGGGGAAUUUCCCCCAACCGGAUCAGGAUUCAACAACAUGUAAAGAAGACGAGACGAAAGUUUCCGACAAUGACGAAAUGAGUAAUCAAUCAAAGGAAAAGAGAUUUAUCCGCGACGAUGAGACGACCCUACCAUCGAGCGAUGAAACCCAACAAUCAAAUUCAAUAUUCGACGAUGCAAAUCAAGAAAGCGAGAGUAAUAUUCCCCUGCAACCACCGCCUAUUUUCGAAUUACAAGAAUUAAUGAAUCAAUAUUCAGAUAGUUCCGAUUCAUUUAAAAACAAGAAACUCGAACCCCCGCCAAUAUUCGAUCCAAUGGAAGUGUUUCCCGAUCUCAUGGAAGAAAACAACGUGAGCUUUAGCUCGAGAAACAUCGAGGACAAACCCCUUGAACCGCCACCAAUGUUCGAAAUUGGCGAACCACCCGAAUUCGUUCAGGAAUGUGAUACAAAACCAAUAGUGAUGAUAAAAAAAUCAAAGAAACUCGAUCAUCGGGAAGAAAUGAAGGAAAUUCUUCAACAACCACCACCAGCAUUCGAUCCACGUGGUCCACCGCCAUCUGUCACAAUAUUAACCGAUGUUAUACAACCGCCAAAAGUAUUCGAUCCCCGUCUAUCGUCACAGCAAAGAAUGGAUUUCGUCGCACCGAAUGAAAUUGUUCCCACCACUUGGCCAUCGGCUAUGAUUGACUAUACAAAUUACGCACCACCAAUGCACACAAUACCAAUGUCACAAACAAAUAAUUUUCUCCCCAGUUACAAUAUCCCAUUGCCAGAAUAUCCACCGCCUCUACCUCAGGAUCCCCAACCGUCAAUUCAAUCAUCCUCACUAUCAAUGCUCAACAUGGAGGAUGAACUCGAAGAAAUGCAAGAGGCCAUGGAAUUUGCCAAACAAUUAAUGAACAUGUCCGAAUCGAAUGGCGAGAAGCAAACCGAAAGAAAAACAAAGAAUGAAAAAAAGAAGAAGGAGUACAACAAGAAGGAUGAGAAGAGAAAAAAGGACAUUGAAUACGGUCCUGAAAAUCUACAAGACGUACCGAUACCAACCGAAGAAAUUCCCGAAGAUCAAAUAAGACCAAAAGUUGUCUUCAAUCUGAAUAAAGUGAAACGAAUUCACAAAAACGACGAAUGGCAACAGCAAUUACAAGCCGAGGACAAUGAGGAAAGAAGAAAGAAAAAAUUACCCAAGGAGAAAUUCGAUAAAGAAAUAAUUCCCGAGGAAGACGAGAAGCGACGACGACGUACCUCGAAGGACAAGAAGGACGAGAAACCCUCAACAUCUUCGACAAUAUUUCCCGAUAAGGAAAGAAUACCACUUCUCGAUAAGGAAAGAAUAGUUCACGAUAAGGAAAGGACAGUUCAAGAUAAGGAAAGGACAUUUCACGAUAAGGAAAGUGGGAAGAAGACAAAAAAUGACAGUACAAUACAUCAAGAAAUAUGGCGGAAUAAGGUGAUAAAUCAAUUUCUAAAAAUGAGUAAAAAUGAUAUAAACAAUAUGAUUAAUAACACGAGUUUGAGACGAUUUGAUAUGGCAAUGAAACAAUUGGUGAAGGAACGAAAAACUUCGUUGUCCCAAGAGAUGAGAAUCAGUGAGGAGGAGAAGGUGCGCGAUUACGAUGGUGAUCAAUUUAUGACACAAUUGAGUGCAAUGCUAGAUCCGGGUGUAAGGGAAUCGGUUGAUAUUACUAAUUUACCAACUGAAUUCAUUCAACAUUUGAGCGCUGUUCUUCAUUUGGAUCCAAUGCCAGGUGGUGAGGAUGUCGGGGAAAUUGAAGUGAUGGAUUCGGAUGAUUUUCUUCAGCAAAUGGUAAUGGCGAAUAAGAAACAACAACAGCAAAUGCAGCAGGAGCAACAGGAGCAGGAGCAGCAAAUGAUGAAUGAGGAUGAAUAUACGCAUUUGCCGAAACAUUCGCAUUCGUCACCGAAUUCGACGGUUCAAUCGUUGCCGGCGAUUGAGAAAAAGAGGAGUCGACAUCAUGAGAAGAAAAUUGUUCACGUUAUUCGAGUAAAAGAAGGAAGUAAUCAGAGCGAUGGUUAUGAACAAGCGUCCGCCUCUCGAUCAUCAUCAAAGGAAACGAAAUCGUCUCGAGAACGAGAAAACGGCGACGUGACGGUGAAAAAUUCCCUGAAGGAGAGUCAAGCUCUGAGAGAGGCGCAAAUUCGUGAGGCACAUUUGAGGGAACUGCAGAUACGGGAGCAACAAGCACGCGAACAACAGGUGCGAGAUCAACAAGCACGCGAACAGCUUCUUCGCGAGCAACGCGAACAGGAAUUAAAGGAACAAUUGGCGCUGAAGGAAAAACAAGAGCGUGAGGCGCGCGAGGCAAAGGCACGUGAGGCAAAAUUACGUGAAGCAAAAUUACGUGAAGCACAACGCGAGGCACAACGUGAAGCUCAACGCGAAGCACAACGUGAAGCGCAACGUGAAGCUCAACGCGAAGCCGAAAUCAAGGAAUUAAAAAAGAAGCAAGCACACUUAAAAGCUCAAUUAGCACGCGAGUUAAUUGAAAGUGGUUCGACAAACAAAGAAGCCGAAAAUCCAUCGUCACAUCUCACUUCUGUUCUCGACGAUAUUUUCAAACCCGGUAUUCAAAAGGUGAAACCCGAUCGAAGCGUGAAUGUUGCCGUGAACGUCGUCGCUGAAACGCCCCGAACAAAGCCAAAUAGAAGCGAAGUUGUCACAAAACCACCCGGUAAAUAUCCAACACUAGGUACAAUGGAACGUACUUUAGACGAUAUAUUCAGCGCCGGAAUUGCCAAAGCAAAAGCCUCAUCGAAACCCAUUGCCGAACAGAAUUUGGAACUCCAACAAAUGUGGACCCGAAAGAAGCGGGAAAAUGUCGAUACGUUCAGAAAUUUGACCAAAGAGGAAUGGGAGGCGAAACAUGGACACACCAUGAGCGAUGCUCUCGAAAAGGAAUUCAAUGCAUUAAUGUCCCGACGAGCUGAUAACGAAUCGCUGCAUUCCAAGGCAAAGGAAACCCGAAUCGUUGAGGUGUGCGAUCGAUCACAAAAGAAGCCAUAUCAAUGGGACGAGACGCCAAUUCCCGAGAGGGAUAAUAAUGACGAAAGCACCGAACGUUUACUUGUCCGUCAAAAGGAGCAUCUCGAGGAUGGUGAAAUUUCCGAAAGUGAUGACGACAGUGACAAUGAUAGUUCAUCGAGUUCAUCAACAUCGAGCGACAGUACAAGUAGUGAAAAUAUUGCUCCCGAUGUUACAAAACUAUUAAAAGUGAUAAAAGAACGUGAAAAAGUGGCAAAGAAAAAAUCUUUAAAUGAAGCGAUACGCGAUGAGGUUGCCGCCGAUAUUGAGAAGCGUAAACGCGAAAAGGAACGGCAUAAGGAGAAAAAAUCACGUAAACGAAAAAGACGUGAGAAAAAGGGUAAGAAGAAAAAGAAAACUCGUCGUCAUAAGAAAAAAACAAAACGCAAUUCAAUAUCAGGCUCGGAGAAGGAGAUACCAAUGAAAUUAUUGACUGAGGAUGAAAUUAAAAAGGAAGUGAAAAUUGAACCAAUUUCACCUGAGGAGAAACGAAGUGAGAAGAAAUUAUUGCCAAUUAUUGGACAAAAUAAAGAUGGUACAUUGAGAAAUUGUGAUAAUCGACAAAUUUCCAAUUCGCCGGUUAAGGUUAAUGUUGAUUAUGGUCAGGUGAAAAUGCAAUCACUGAAGACAAAGGCACAAUUGAAGCAAAUGCCAGAAGUGUCGAAUACGGCAAUUAUUGUUGAAUCGCCACCGCAGAACGAUGAGAAUUCGACGAUUAAAUUGGUCAACUAUGGCAGUGAUGCUCCAAUACAUGGGAAAAAUCUCAAUUUUCUUUCUUCGAAUGAAUCCGUCGCUAUUGAUAAUUUGGAGAAGGAAGUGGAAAAGUUGAAGGAAAAGGAGAAAGAGAAAGAAGAAAAAUUGAAGGAGAAGGAAAAGGAAAAAUUGAAAGGAAAGGAAAAGGAGAAAGAGAAAGAAAAGGAAAAAGUGAAAGAAAAAGAGAAAGAAAAGGAAAAAGAGAAGGAAUUAGAAAAAGAGAAGGAAAAGGAAAAAGAGAAGGAAUCGGACAAGGAGAAAGAGAGGAAAAAAGAAAAAGAGCAGGUGAAGGAGAAGGAGUUCGAGAAAGAAACGGAAAAGCCACUGGAAAAGGAAAGUGAAGAAAAGAAAUUGCAAGAAAUUUUAGAAACUCCCAAGAACGAUGAAAAAAUUUCGGAUUUAAUUCAAGAGAUGGAGAAGAAGAAUGACGAGGUUGAUAAAAGUUCGGAAUUGAAAAAUUCGUCGCCUACUGAGACCAAAAUUGUCGAGGAACCUUCUAAGAAGUCCGAAAAGCCACAAACUUCAAAGAAAAAUCAAAGUAAAACGACAAGAACGAAGGAAAAAGUUCAUUUGAGAAGUGAUGAUGAGAAGAAGCCGAAACGAAUCGACAUUCAAGCUUACAAAGCACGGACAAUCGAGCGAAAGAAAAAGGAACAACAAAAGCUGAAGGAAAUUGAUCAAAAUCCAAUUUCAUUAACAACUAAUCUUCUCAACAUUCCGUUAGGGAGUAAAUCACGAAUUAUUGAAAAAUCCCUCGAGACAAAGAAGAAAAAUAAAAAUAUUCAACAAAAUGAAAUAACAGAGAAAAAAAUAAUAAUUGAAAAUAAAAAAAUCAACGAUGAAAUUCUCAAACAAAAAAUACAAGACGAGACAAAAAUAAUUUCACGUGAUCCACGUCUUGCACCUAAAAUAACGCAUGAAAAAACAAAAUUAGAUCCAAAUAAAAAUAAUGUCAAUGAUAAUAAAUUACAAGACGAGAGUAAAUUUAAAUUCAUCAAAUCUGAAGGCGGUAAGGAGAUGAAAUUAAAAAAUAAGCCAAAAAUUGUGAAGAAAAUAAAAAAUGAAUUAACACCACUCGUUGUUAUUGAGCAAAAAAUUGAAAGUCCAGUUAGACGAUCAUCAAUAUCAUCGGAAUCGGAUCAAUCAUCGCAAAGUAGUUCGCAUGUAAUAAAAACAAAAACAAUUGACAGCAAGAGAAAACAAGAGAAAAACGAAUCGAAUACAAGAAAAAGUAAAAACGAUAUUAAAACACAAAAACAGGAAAUAACCAAUGAAAAUGUGACAACAAAAUGUGAUGAGAAAAUUCAAAAGGAAAAAUCAACUGAUAAUAAAUCAAAAGUCGAAGUGGAAAUAAAUGAAAAACCGAAAGAAAAUACUACUUUACCUUAUAAACCAGUGAGAAAGUUAAAAGUCUAUGGAAAAAAUACACAGGAAACGAAAAUAAAGGAGAAAAAAUUAAUUAGCGAUGGACUACCGGAUACAGUGCCCUCGGAAGAAAUAACAAAACAUUAUACAAUGGAGGUGGAGAAUUAUCCAAAUAUUCUACAGGAUUUAAUAGAAGAUCCAGUGGACGUUUGUCCGGCGAAAGAAGUAUUUUUUGGUAAUAUGUCAGUGAAGGAGGACGACAUCACCGAUAUUAAAUCAACAUUCGACAAUGAGGAUGAGCCAAUAAAAAAUAAACUUAUCAUCGACGAUAUUAAUCCAAUAGAAAAUAUUUUUGAUAACGUUCUUGAUGCCGAAUUACAAGAAGCAAAUAUCGUUUAUUCCGAUAUAAAUUCAUGUGUUCUUUCGUCAAAAACCGAUGACGAAAUUUUUGACGAACAAAGUGUCGAGAAACCAGAAUUAUUUCAUUUUGGUAUCGACGAUAGUGAUACAAAUUUAAGAUUAACCGAUGAUCUACCACCAAUUUUAACUGAACGUGAAAUGAAUUUACCAUUGAAUGACGAAAAAUUGGAAGGUGACGAAAAAACGCUUAUUGAACAAUUCGAUGACAGUGUGAAUGAUGAACAAUUUUUAAUAAAAAAUCCCCAAAGUUUAGAAAACCCCCCAACAGUUUACGAUAAAAAAGAACCCGAGGAAAGUGUUAAACAAUUAUUUGAAAAUACAAUCAACGAUGUAAAUUUGGAUAAUAAAGCGCCUGUUAUUUUCGAUGAUGAAUUCAAAAAUUCCGCGAGUCAAGUAACGCCAUCUGAUGAGUGUCACGUGACAGUUGAUGAAUCGCGCGAAACCGGCGAUUUGAGUCAUUUGUUAAACGAAAGCACUGGUCCGCACGUGGAUAUCGAUUCGGUUGAAGAAAAUACAUCGAGUGAAAUUGAAAAUAGAAAAAUUGUUGACCAAGUGGAAAAGUGUAUAGAAACGGAAAGUUCAAGUGCUAACGAAGUGAAAGAAACAAGAACGUUUUCCAGUGACAAAGACGAGUUGAAACCUGCAUUCUCAGAAACGACCGUUGCCAUUUCCGAUGAAACUGAAAUAUUACCCCCCUCAGAAUUUUCACUAGCCACCAAGUCCGAUAAACUCCCAUUUGAUUCGUUAAAUAAUUCCCAAAUUACCGAAAUUCAAUCGAACAAUAGACCAAAAAAAUUAUCCGAAUUUGUGCUUCAAACCGGUGUUAUGAUUCUCAAGGAUCUUAAAGAUAAUUACGAAGAAUCGAUAAUUGAUGGUGAAUUAUUAGACCCUGAAAUUGCAGUCUCCGAGAAGUGUGAUCAUCAAAUUAUUUCGGAAAAAACGGUAGAUCAAGAGGAGAAAACGGAAACCGAUUUUGAGGUUAGGUUAAAUCCAAGUGAAACUGAAACGGUGCAUUCGAAAAUGGAAGAUAAGGAGGAAUCGUCGAAAUCGGAAAAAGCGUUACAUAAAUUAAAACGUAAAAGAAGAAUGAAGAAAAAGAAGGAUAAGAAAAUUAAAGACGGACUAAAGGACGCUAUUAAACAAAGUGUAAAGCCUCUCACAACACAAUCACUCGUGGCGAGAAUGAAGGAAAUCGACGACGAAAUACAAAAAUUAAUGCUCGAGAAGCAAAAACUUUACGAAAUGAUGGCAAAUACAGAAAAUAACACGAAUCCAAACGAAAUUGCGACGAAAAAUGGCAACGAGGAACCUCCAUCGAGCGAUGAAAAGAAAUUAAAAAUUCCAAGUUCUGAAAAUGAAGAAUUCUCCAAAGAGGAAUUAUCAUCACCAUUGAAAGAAACGAACACAACAAAAUCUAAAGUGUCGAAAAAAAGUGCCGACGAAGAAGAGGGAAAAACAACCAUCGAGAAGAAAACGAAAAAAUUGACAAAACUACGAAAAACAAAUUUACCCGAUUCAAGUUCAGAGGACGAGGAAAUUGAAAGAAUAACAAAGGGAAAACAAAAGAAAUUACCCCGAGUUCGAGGUAAUAAAAAAUUAACAAUCACCGACGACGAACAGGAAAAUAAAUUCAAAAAAUUAACCGAAAGAUCACAAUCGCGAAUGAAGAAAAAUACAAUCAUCGAAUCAGAGGAUAAUGUUCCGAAAAAUAAAUCAAAGGCAAAAUUAUCCAGCGAUGAGGAAGAAUCAAAAUCACCCAAAAGACCAAAGAGUGUUAUGUUGAAAGUCUCGAUAAAAUCGUCGAGCGAAGAUGAAACACAAAAACGGAAUAAAAAAACCCCUCAAAAGAGACCAAAAAGUGUUAUGAAAUUAUUUUCGGAAAAAUUCAGUGACGAGCAGCGAAAGAAACCGGAGAAUACAAAACGACCGAAAAGUGUAAUGAAAUUAACAUCAAAAGUUAACGAAAGUUCCGAAGUGACAAGUGGCGAUGAAGAAGUUGCAAUGUUGAGUAGUUUAAAUAAUAAAAAAUUACCACCAAAAAAUAAUAGUGAUACAAUACGUGCGCGUCCAAAAAGUGCAAUGAAACCGACAAUAUCGAAAUUAAUUCCCACAAGUGACGACGAUGAGGAGAAUGAAAAUUUGAAAAAAAAGGAACGUGUAAAAUUGGAGAAAAAAAUUUCCAACAAACGUCCCAAAAGUGUAAUGAUGAAAAGUUCAAAAAUCGACGAAAGUGACGAGGAAAUUGUGAAAAGAAGAAGAACGACUACAGCAACCAAAGAUAUUCCAAUUUUAAACACUGCUGAGAGAAUAUUCGUCAAAAUUCGCGGCAAACACGAACGGGAUAAAUUCAAAAAGAAAGAAUCGCCGGAGAAAAAAGUGCAAAUUAUUGAGAAAAAUGAAAAAGUGUCGAAAAUCAGUUCGAAUAUAAUUAAUCGACUCGAAAAAAAGAAAAAUGAUUUACCCCCCGUUGGGAAAGUGGAAAAAAAGAAAAUUUCCCCAAAAAAGGACAAAGUGGAGAUUAUUGAUAAAAAACACAUGAGAUUGAAAACAAUCGACAGUGCUUUGAUUUAUUCCGACGAAAGUCAACUCGAACCGUUGGAAUCAAUUCGGGAUAAGAAAAAAAAUAACACCGCACUCGGUCUACUUGAACAGGAAUAUAAACGUGAAAUUGCCGAAGCAAAGAAGGCGAAAGAGAAGAAGAAGAAGCACCAAGAGAAAAAGGAGGAAACGGAGGAAAAUCUGACCGAAAAAGAAAUUCAGAAUCAACCAGGAGAUGUUUCUUGCAAAGGUUUCGACAGUGAAACGAAAAUCGAACCACCGAGUCUCCCAUCGUCACAAAACGAAAAAGUGCCCGAAUUAACGAAGAAUUUAUUCGCCGAAAGCAACGAGGACGAAAGUCUCAAUGAAGAAGUCCAGAGAAUAAAUUCCCAGAAUGAAAAUAAAAUCGACAUUGCCUUGAAUUCUUCACAUUCAAAAAUUGAAAUUGAAGUAAGUCCCAUUGAAUCGGAACAAGUAUUUUCUCAUCCAAGUUUCAAGGAAUUUUCCGACAAGGAUUCAACGCGUUCCGCCCUCUUGUCACCGAUUUCCGACGAUUCAUCAUCGAAAUCAGUCGAUUCGACCCGCAAACGUAAACGACCAACGCGAAGUGUAUCACGUGCGGGAAAAAUAAAUAAUCAACCAACCCGUCGAAGUUCGAGGCAUCAGGAAAGUGAAGAAGAACCGGAAAAACGAUCACAAGCCCUCUCCACAUCACAAUGUUCAGAAGGCGAACCACCGAGAAAGAAGAAAAAAAUAAACGAAAAAAUACUCUACUCCACGAUUCGCGAUCUCUUAAAAAUGGAAUUACGCCCGAAACGAAAAGAUCGAAAGAAAAGAAAACAAACAUUAAGCGAAAUGGAAAAUUGUAAAGUAAAAUUAGUCGAUUGUAAAUAUACAUAUAUGCGCGAUGAUUUACCCCCAGGUGUUCUAAAACGUUUAGGUCUCACGAAAAUCCACCAACAACAAAUCGAACAAAGGAUUGAUUUCCCAAAUUUAUUAUUACGAGAGGAAAUAAUGAAUAUGCAACCAAUCCGACGGAUUUCGAUGGAGGAGACGAAUUUGUAUAUUUUUAAACCCGUCGCAAGUGCUAAAAAACACGAGAUUGUGAAAACAAAUGCGGAAAAUAAUUUUAAUCCAUCAAUUUUUGAGGAAAAAUUAAAUAAUAAAAUUGUAGAAAAGGAGAAAAAUCGAAAAGACGAGAAAGACGAGGAGGAAGAAAAAAAUGUCACAUUGAAAAACGAGAAGGAGAAGGAAAAGGAGAAAAGUGAUAAGGAAAAGGAAGAAGAAAAAAUCGAGAAGAAAAGCGAAGAUAAAAUAAACGAGGGGGAAAAGGAAAGUGUGAAUAACGAGGAGAAAAUACCAACAUCAGUGACGAUGACAAAUAUUAUUACUACAAUGACUGCAGCGGCGAUGACAAUAGCGAUGACGACAACAACAGCAGGAAGUACAGCAACAACAGCAGGAGCAGGAGCAACAGCGGGGAAAGAUAAAAUCCAUCCGGAAAAUAAAGAAGUGAAAACCGAUUUAAAUACUCAAAAUACAAAUGAAGAGGAAUUGUUGACGAAUGGACCGAGCGAAGAGGAAAAAAUGAGCCAUAAUGAAAAUAUUGUUGGAGACGAAAGAACUGAUGAUGCGAACGAUAUUGCAAAAAUUCAGUACACUGUUCAUAAAGGACCAAUUUUAGAUAUCAAGAUCAUUGGCGAUUCAUUCUUGGCUGCAAGUGAGGAUGGAGCAAUCUACAGAUACAGUUUGACGUCGAAUGGAAUUUUAAAUAUUUACAAAGGUCACACGCAUGCAGUCACAUGCCUUUAUGUUUUAAAUCCUGACGCUAUGAAUCCAAAUCGAAAAUGGAUGUACUCUGGCUCCUUGGAUGGACAAAUGCGCUGUUAUGAUAUUGCGACUGGAGAACAAAUGCAAAGUCCAAUUAUUAUGGGAAGUGCUGUACAAUGUAUGGAUCAGGCAUGGGGAGCUAUUUUUAUUGGCACCACUUCAGGUCACGUUGCUCGUUAUCACAUAAAGGCUUCAUCCCUAAAAGGAGAUAAAAUACAAUUCUCGAAUAAAUCAGUUUUGGCAUUAAAAGCAACAAAUGAAGGACCAAGGAAAGUUCUUAUUGUGGCAUCAAGAAAUCAGCCGAUUACAAUACGCGACGCUUUUACUGGAUUAUUUCUACGGCAAAUCAGUGGUCAAAGGAAUUACACGGUUUACAGUUUGUUGAGGCACAAUAAUUUAAUUUAUUUUGGCACCAGUAGCACGUCCAUUCCCGUCUACGACUUCGUUACCAGUGAACAGAAAGUACAAUACAAUGCCGGUGUUGGUGUCGUGUGUAUGUAUUUGUAUGACAGACUAUUAUUCGCUGGUUGUUAUGACGGAAAUAUCUACAUUUUCGAUGUUAAGGAGGAAAAAUUAGUUUGCAGUAUUCCUGGCCCAGGAAAAAUGCUCUUGAGUAUGGCCAUUGUAAAUAAAAGGAUAAUCGCAGGCAGUAAAGAUAGGAGUCUACACUGCUGGCAAAUGCCAAAGCAGGCCCAGGAAUUGCUUGAUGAAAAUACAUAGCAACGAAGGAGGUGCACCAAUGACGAAUCUAGUCAAGUGUGAGCUCAAUCGUCAAAAAAAAAAAAAAUUAAUUAACUAAAAUAACAACUUGAUGUUCACCAUGAAACAACUAGAAUAUUAAAAAAAACCAGAAACAUUGAACACUUUUUCGAAAAAAAAACUGUGUUUUCGGGUUUUUAACGCAAAAAAGAUGGAUCGCA